AACUAUGAUUCAUGGAGGGUUCUGUUGGAUCAGUUGAUUGGAACGAAAGAGUGUCUUUAAAGGGAAAUACUUACUGGUUAGCUUCAGAUGGUAGAGGAGACUCUCUGGUUAAUUUCAUACUCAGAUUUGAUUUCACUACAGUGACAUUUGGACGCCUGCCCCUUCCUUUUGAGAGUGAUGGUGAUCCUGAUUUGGUUGCAGCUCUAUCAGUUGUCAGAGAAGAGAAACUUGCGGUGUUACAUCAGCCGUUUGAAAACUUUGAUUUUAAGAUGAAGAUAUGGUUGGCCAAUACUAAGACUGAUGACGCCGAAGACUAUUCGUGGAGCGAAUUUUUAGAAGUGGAUUUCGAUGAACUUGGUUUAAAUGGUAUGACGAGGGUGAUGAGUUUCUUGGUGGACGAGGAGAAUAAAACGGUCAUGUGUUGUGAUAAAGACGAUGAGGAUGGUGGCAGGACCAGACUUUACAUUGCUGGAGAGGAUAUAUAUAAACAAGUGUAUAGAGAGCCGACAAGGAGACCACGUUCCCUUGAUCCACUUCUCGUCAGUUAUGUUCCUACUUUGGUUCAAAUUCCGGCAAUGCAAAGAAGUCCUGGAGGCAGAACAGAUUAAAGGUGACUAGCUGAUUCAGUUACCUAGUUUCUUUGAACGAGAUUAGUCAAUUAUCAAUUAGUGUUGUUUCUGUUUAGCUAAACAGAGUAGCUGGAUUUUCUUUGUUACUCUUUUUACUUUUGAA